AUGAUCCUCGAUGAAGGAGGAGACGACGAUGAUGUUGUGGCAAAGGAGGGGAUGGGGAGGAGGGGGAUGAUGGAAGAGGAGGCAGGAGGGAUGGGGGGAGAGGUGUUCAUCCAUGGGUAUGAGGAGGACCAUUUGGUUUUCAGGGCAGAAGUGGACCACUACCUUUGGCAAGCAGGGAUGGCAGAAAGUAUGGAGGUUGGGGAGAGGGGGAUAAAGGUUGAGGAGAUGGCGAUAGAGACCAAUUGGGUGGGAGAGAUGGAGGCAGACUAUUUGGCUGAGGAGAAGACUACUCUGAUGGAAUCAAGGCCAGUUUUGAUGUUGGGAGUUGGUUUUUAUAUCAGGGAUUGGACCCCUAAUUUCGACCCAAGACAAGCUUCCAUUGAGGAAAUUCCUGUGUGGAUAAGAUUGUACAAUCUUCCUCAUGAAUAUUGGAAGGAGGAAAUCUUUAAGAGUGUAGGGGAGAAAAUAGGUAGAUUUAUCAAGUCAGAUGAAGCAGUUGAUAAGCUUAGUUCAUGCAUGUAUGCCCGUAUCUGUGUUAUGUGGAAGCCGCAUCAUGGGCUCCCGAAGGUUGUUGAAAUGAGGUCUCCAGAAGGAGUAUGGAGACAAGAUAUAAAAAUCAAAGAAAUCAUAGUCAAAUGUAAGAUUUGUAAAGAAUGGGGCCAUGAGGAUCGAGAUUUUUUGACUGGGCAAAAGGGUAAAGGAAAGGCAGAUCAUGCUUUGGAGGAGCAGCUAUUAGUUGGUUCAGUAGUAGACCAGAGCUUGGGAAAUAUCAACCUGAGUUUUGCUCUGGAGGCCACAAGGGAUGAGGUUGUUGAGUUCUCUCAGAAUCAAGGAAUUAGUUUGGGAGAAGAGAAAGAGGAUCAAGUGUGCAAGGGCAGUGGUUGGGGAGGUGGUUCUCGAUUUGAAGGGAAGCUAAUGGAGGUAGGAUUUGGGCUCAUUUUAAAGGAGAGUGAAAUCGGGGGAGGUUAUCCAUCACAGCAUAGGUUCUACAACACCUUGGUGGAUGGGUUGAAGGGUCAGGAGAUGGGUGAAAGUGCUAAGUCCCUGGUAGCGGCAGAGGAUUCUAGUGUGAAUGCGGAUGGUAACAUAAUCAAAUUCAAGGACAUUCACAUGUCCCCAAGCAAGGGUAAUGGAGUAGCAAGAGAGAUGGAGUCUGAGGAGGAGGAAGGAUUAAGUGACAAUUCUCUGGGACUGUCGGCAGAAGCCAAGCCGGAAGUAAUUUGUAUUCAGGAGACUAAGUUGGGUCAUGAUGCUGCUACUUGCAUUUUCGGGGUUAGGCAGAAAUGGUCGGGUCACUUUAUGGACUCAGAUGGGGCGUCAGGUGGUCUAGGCAUUCUGUGGAAUCCUUUGGCUGUUCAUGUGGAAGUUGUGUCCAGCUCUAAGCGCCUAGAGGAAGUGAGGCAUUUUUUAGCCAUUGUUGCUGGAGAUUUCAAUGCCACCCUCUCUUCUUCUAAGAAGUGUGGAGGGGUGAGGAGGCUAAGUCGGUCGCAAUUGGACUUCCAAUCCUUUGUUAACGAGAAUGCUCUUUUAGAAGUGGUUGCUAAAGGAGGGGAUUUCACUUGGACUAAUAGGCGUAGAGGUUUUUCCAAUAUUGCUGAGAAAUUGGAUAGAUUCUUCCUCGCAGGUGAUUGGAGUGUUGCCCCUAUUGUUUUUGAGGCUGAGGUACUUGCCAUCUCAGGGUUAGACCAUUUUCCGGUCUCCUUGGUUGUGCAGAAUGAUGCUGUUCCAAUUCGAUGUCCCUUCAAGCUGGAAAAGAUGUGGCUUAGGGAACUGAGUUUUAAAGAGCUUGUAGUGGGGUGGUGGAAGGAGGCCCUAGUGGUGGAAGGGUUCCUAGCUUAUCAUUUUUUCAAAAAGCUUAGUUAUGUGAAGCAAAAAUUAAAAUCUUGGAAUAGGGAGGUGUUUGGUAAUAUUUUUUAUGAAAAGAGAAGACUCGAAGGAGAUCUGGGGGCCUUGAAUGCUAAAGUCAUGGCAGAGGGAAUGGAUGAAGUGGACUUCCUUACGGAGAAAGACCUUCUUAGCAGGUAUGGAGAAGUUUUGCAAAGGGAGGAGAUCUAUUGGAAACAGAAGUCGCGUGUUAAUUGGCUGAAAGCGGGUGAUAGGAAUACGAAAUUCUUUCAUAGUUCAGUGAAAGCUAGGCGAAGUCUUAACAUAAUUCUUUCGUUGAGGCUUGCGGAUGGUUCGACUAGAUCGUAUAGGUAA